UUGAUCUGAAUAUCGUCAAUUUUACUGACUCCUUGACGAGAUAAACCACAAUUUUGUGUUGGCAAUUUAAGUAGCUUACAGUCAUUAUAACGGUGGUUUAUAUUAUAAGUCACAAGUAGGUAUACAAUAUUCCCGUAUACUUAAAUACCUAAAUGACGAUGAGGAACAUCGGGCAUUUGGUCUCAGGGCUUAUAAUUCUGAUUGUGUCCUCAGCUAUUGAAGCAUAUUUAUCCGAUCAAUAUCACAAUGGAACGCGAAGAAUCCCAGAAAUAAAACCCGGCCAAAAAUGCGUUAAAGGGCAAAUAUAUAAGAUGGAUUGUAACACUUGCCAUUGCGGUGAACGUUCAACAUUACUCUGCACUAAAAUGGGCUGCCUCAACGAGUUGAAAUCUGACGGACGGAGGGCAGAGCAAAAAGGGUGUAUCCCGGGAAAGCUGUAUAAGAAGGAUUGCCAGAAAUGCUUCUGUACGGACAAGGAGAAAGUGAAAUGUAGCAUGAAGGAUUGCAAGUUGGCUGAUAAACACUACACAAACCCCGAGCACAUCAAGCCUUACCCCUCCGCGGAAUUCUACAAGCUCCCCUCCCUCCCCCACACGGGGAUGGAGUGCACCCCUGGCGUGACGUAUCGCAUCGACUGCAACACCUGCUUCUGUCUGGAGAGCGCGAACCUCAUGUGCCAGACGCUGCUGUGUCCGAGCUAUGACGAUGUGUACAAGCUUAAGGCUAAAGAGAUGACGGGAAACCCUUGCGAAGCCAACACUACCACUUCAGACUGUCUCGAAUGCGAAUGCAAGGCCGGCAAAUAUAAAUGCGAGCCCAAACCCAAUUGCAGACACACGGACGGACGGAGGAUGCUGCACGGGGAAUAUCCGUCCAAACACGGCAGGAAUUUUAUAGAUCCGGACCGAAUGAAGGAGAAGUGUCAACCGGGCAUGGUGUAUAAGGUCCACUGCAACAAAUGCUACUGCCAGGAUGAUGGCUCUCUCCGCUGCACGCAGAAAACAUGUCUCAACCACGCAGAAGUGGAGAAACUGAAGAAACUCCGCCUGCAACUGGAUAAGGAGGACCCGGAAGAUUAAAUAACGAAGUAGUGGCAAUCGAGUUAUAUCCUCCUGACGACCGGGUUUCAAAAUUUGCCAGUUUAAAUUUAACUCUAUAUAAUUGACAAAGAUUCAAAUAUUAAUCAGGGCCGACGCCGGUCGUCAAGAGGUUACGGAGACGCGGCAAGUAAAUGUCUUAUAACUUGUUUUUUUUUAACGUACCUAGUGCAUGUUUAAAUGUAUUUCUGUCACUGGACUUACUCGUAGAAUGGCGUAACUACAGUGAAUUGGAUAUUAUUCGCGUAAGUAAGCAAUGAAUUAAAGAAUUCAACAGAAAUAA